CGGUCACAGGUAGUGUCCGUGGUACAGCAGCCUCCAUCCCCCCCGCCAUGUAGGAUGCUGUGACAAUGCAGUAUGGGGGAGGUGCUUUCUCCCUCCCCCCUGUUUUGUGUCAGAUCUCGGGCUCUCCAUCCAGCAGUAACAGCUUCUCAUAUCUGGGCAGCGUCUUUCUGUCAGGAUGGGCCCCUGUAUCCUGUUGGUGGCUGUCACUGUCUGUCUGUCUGUCCCGGGCACUCUCAAUAAGCCUCUGGGCGUAUUAACUCAAGAUGAUCUUGGGGUUGUUCGAAGGGUCCGAAGAAGCCUUCCGGUAAACAAUCUUUAUGAGGCUGACAUGAUGUCCUAUGUACCAUCAGAGGCUCUCCAUAAUGAACCUUUAUAUCCUGACCUAAGUCAAGCUAUGCUGGCCAGGCUUGCCGCCUACCCUCAAGAAGAGCUUCUUGCUCGGGCCUUGGAGAGGAUGGGCUCCUCUCGCAGAGGGGAAUCGGCUCACGACAGUCCAUCCCUGCAACAGUUAGUGGAAGAGGGUCAGAGGAGAGACAAGGAGACCAUGUAUCUAGCAAACCUUCUGCACUUGUGGAACCAAAUCAACCAAGGCAGAGGGUACGCUGACCAGCUGCAGGGCUUCCCAAGCCCCAUGCAGGCAGAGGUGGAAUAUCAGAGGCCGUAUCAAGACUAUGAUGAAACUGGGGUGGUGGCCAGCCGAACAAGACCGCAGGUUGCACGAAACCAGAUGGCAGAAGCGUUGCAGGGUCACUACAGGCAAAAUCGGGGGUAUGAAGGCCCUGCUUUACAUCUGCAACCAGACGAGAACAACGAGGACGGGUAUCCCAUGGACGAAGAGAUGUUAAGGUACAUAGUGACCCGUGUCCUCUCUGCAAUGAACGAAGCAGACAUGCCUCAGCGCCUGGCACCCAAUUCCGGCCGCCGCAUGCGUCGCUCCCUGGACGACGAGCGCAGUGAAGACAUCCCGCCCAAUCUCCUACGCGUCAAACGCUUGGACACCGACAACGCAGUUCCAGACUACAAUUCCCAAGGCUUGAUGCACAGGAAGUUACUCGAUGGGGAACUUGAUAUCCAGAGCCGACCCCAACACUUUGCUGAUCAAAGGGUCACGGAGCAAUUGCUGAAAUACUUUCCUGAGUAGUUAUGCGUAAAACCAAACACUUAUACCUCCACACAAUACAAACACGUCUCUUUCUCUCUCUUUCUCCACAACAUACAUAUAACUGUAACACAGCCAUCCAAACAUCUGUCCAGCUAUCUGUUUUCCAUACACAGGUGACAACUGUCUGUAAGGUCUGUGAAUUCCUCACACGGUGGUUUCUUGGUCAGUGAUGGGCUGAACUAAGAGUUAUUAUACCCACAGACAUACACACGACUAUAACUUUGACCAAAUUGGCUACAAACCCUAGUGCAAGCCUUCCCAAGUUAUUUACCAUCAACAUCUGAUAAGAUUUGGUUAAAUGUUGACUGGGACCAGCAGAAGUUCCAAUUGGCCGAUGAUUUCUGUCUAGCACUGUGUUGGCUGGUAGGACUUUUGGUCCCUUAUGUAAUCUGGUCGCUUGGCCUGAGUGCUGGGUGAGGGUGACCACUCCAUUCAACACUGUCACCCAUGUUGGUGACCGGUAUGGCUAAGGAUCCAGCAUCUAAAAGCUUGGGCGAGUGUCAAGACGUAAAAACAGCAAAAACAAGUAUUAGGUAGAUUAAUGGCCUAAUUUCACCAGAAACAGUAUAACAAUUUCAACAUACCUGCCAAAUCGACACUGACCACGUCAACAUUCAUUAUGUUGACAAUGAUUAAAUGUCAACAUGAUUAGAAUGUUUACAUCCCUUGGGGUCUAGAUGACUUACCUUGUAUGGCGGGUCCAGCAGUGUCUUAUGGUCCAGCUGUGAUUUCUGGAUGACUUCCGACAAUAAGUAAGAUCCUAACCAUCUUCCUAGUGCCUGACGUUCCUCUCCGCUGGCCUAACCCUAAGCUUCCACAGCCUAACCCUAACCUUCUCCCCAGUGCCUAACCCUAUCCUCCUCUCAUAUAACCUAACCUUCUCCCUAGUGCCUAACCCUAUCCUCCUCUCCCAUAACCUAACCCUAACCUUCUCCCCAGUGCCUAACCCUAUCCUCCUCUCCCAUAACCUAACCCUAACCUUCUCCCCAGUGCCUAACCCUAUCCUCCUCUCACAUAACCUAUCCCUAACCUUCUCCCUAGUGCCUAACCCUAUCCUCCUCUCCCAUAACCUAACUGUAACCUUCUGUGACCCAACCCUAACCUUCUCCCUAGUGCCUAACCCUAUCCUCCUCUCACAUAACCUAACCCUAACCUUCUACCUAGUGCCUAACCCUAUCCUCCUCUCCCAUAACCUAACCCUAACCUUCCGUAGCCUAACCCUAACCUUCUCCCUAGUGCCUAACCCUAUCCUCCUCUCACAUAACCUAACCCUAACCUUCUACCUAGUGCCUAACCCUAUCCUCCUCUCACAUAACCUAACCCUAACCUUCCGUAGCCUAACCCUAACCUUCUCCCUAGUGCCUAACCCUAUCCUCCUCUCCCAUAACCUAACCCUAACCUUCCGUACCCUAACCUUCUCCCUAGUGCCUAACCCUAUCCUCCUCUCCCAUAAUCUAACCCUAACCUUCUGUAUCAUAACCCUAACCCUAUCCUCCUCUCCCCUGGCCUAUAACUAACCUUCCGUAGCCUAAACCUAACCCUCCCACUUGUGCCUAACCUUAACCUUACUUUAGUGACAAACCCUAACCCUCCUCUGCCGGUCCAUGACGAAUGUUGGCAUUUCAACAAUAUCAACUUCAUAGCUGUUGACAUUAUGAAUUUUGACAUUGUAAAUAUCAACAUUAUCCUAUAUCCCAUGUCUGGGAAUAUAGGUGAAUUCCAGAUUCAUCACAAAUCUCACAUCUGUAUAAUAGGUGGAUUUUCUGCUCACCCAAGUUCAUUUUCCAUAAUGUCAGAAACUCAUUACAGAAGAAUUACAGGUAAAUGGAUGGGUGGUACCCCAAAUUUUCUUGCAAACCCAAAAGACUAGUUGACCAAAUAUAUCUUGUUGAAGGCGUAAUUAUACAGGGUGGUCUCUGUGGGUCUGGGCAUGGCCGGCAGAUCUAGACGUGGUGCGGAUAGUUCAUAAAUGGGAUCAUACCCCCGAUCUGUCCAACAAUGGGGGUCAUUCCGAGUUGUUCGCUCGUUAUUUUUUUGUCGCAACGGAGCGAUUAGUCGCUAAUGCGCAUGCGCAAUGUCCACAGUGCGACUGCGCCAAGUAAAUUUGCUAUGCAGUUAGGUAUUUUACUCACGGCAUUACGAGGUUUUUUCUUCGUUCUGGUGAUCGUAAUGUGAUUGACAGGAAGUGGGUGUUUCUGGGCGGAAACUGGCCGUUUUAUGGGAGUGUGUGAAAAAAACGCUACCGUUUCUGGGAAAAACGCGGGAGUGGCUGGAGAAACGGGGGAGUGUCUGGGCGAACGCUGGGUGUGUUUGUGACGUCAAACCAGGAACGACAAGCACUGAACUGAUCGCAGAUGCCGAGUAAGUCUGGAGCUACUCAGAAACUGCUAAGAAGUGUCUAUUCGCAAUUCUGCUAAUCUUUCGUUCGCAAUUUUGAUAAGCUAAGAUUCACUCCCAGUAGGCGGCGGCUUAGCGUGUGCAAAGCUGCUAAAAGCAGCUUGCGAGCGAACAACUCGGAAUGAGGGCCAAUGCCCGUAUUUGUUACAAGUAAAAUUCUAAUGCAUCGCCACUCCUGUUUAUAGAGACCAUAAUUGGCAUUGUACUGUUAAAAAUGGGACGGUUGCAAUACAGGCGCAACCAAGCAGCAGGUGCAAAUAUGUGUCCACAUUCACCCGGCUGACAUGGGGGCAAGAUGCUGCAGAACAGCUUGCAGGACUGUCCAGCACAGCUAAUUAGCAUCAAAUUUGCAUGCUGAAGCCAUAGACAAAGAAGAUUGUAUGACAGGAGCACCUAACGACAGGAAUACCUACCACUCUUAUUGUUAUCCUGGGUUCUGUGCUGCCCCCUGUCUGCAUAAAAUUGUGAUUUUAUUUACCAAUCAAUGUCAGAUAACCAGUAGAUUGUGGUUCAGUCCUUCGCUACCUUCAUACAUAUACUGAGCCCAUUAGCCAUACAGUAUAGAUCAGGGCUGGCCAAACCAGUCCUCGAGAUCUACCAACGGGUCACAUUUUCCAGACCACCCAGCUGGUGCACAGGUGUAGUCAUUACUAAUUAAGAUGUGCUGCAUUCAUUCCUAACUGACAAUUCUACAGAUCUCCAGGAGGCCUGGAAAACAUGAACUGUUGGUAGAUCUCGAGGACCGGUUUGGCCAGCCCUGGUAUAGAUGGACCAGCUAUAUUUACAAAGCAAAUAUCAAGCACGUUUGAUGGUCACGUGGUGUGCCAAGCCUGCAGGCCUGCCGACGGCGAAACGGUGAAUGCAGCUUUAGCAUCACAGGUAUAGGGAUCACUGGUGCCCAUUAAAAAGUACUUCACUGUAGGCAUCGGUGAUCCGUACUCCAAAUAAUAAUAAAGCUCAUUCUCCGGGUGGAUGAACGCAGCUCAGGUUGGAUGCAGCCUUACAGGACCGGUUGUUACCGCUACACAAAACAUCUCUUCUCUCCCACAGACCUAGAAUGUAUAACACAAUGACAAGUUGUGCAACACACCUACAUUUUGUCAAUCCCCUGAGCACUUGUCUGUCCCAACGGAACCAGCAUAACGCGUGUCCAGAACCGGCACAACGCUCCGCACACUAAUGCACUGCAGCACUCACUGCAGAACACUGAUUACACACUGUACUUCAUGCAAUCUCACACUGAUCUGUGUUCCAAUCUGUUUCUUAAGUGUGUUAUUUUUUUUUAAUCGUUCGUUGUCUACGCUUCUUGCAUCAAUGCGCACUUUGAGCUGCAAAAUAUAAUUUAUUGUAUAUUGUUCUGCAAACAAUUGUUUAAAAUUGUGCAUCAACAUGCGGGUCUGCACACAGACUCGUGUGUGCGAUUGUAUAAUUGUCGUGCCUGUAUAUGAGGGUCAGUAAAGGAGUGAUUCCAGCACAGUGUAAACAUGUGUUGAGCAAAAAGAUAAUAAAUGUCAUUUAUGAAGCUGCAAAACUGCAGACCCGCAGAGCUAA